AUGAGGGGAGGGGAGGACCCUGCCCAGUGCCCGCCCACAGCCACGUCGCCCAAUUCGCCAGCGCCCAGCCGCCAGCAUGGAGCCACCGGCGAACAGCUGACCUCGGCGGUACGACCGGGUGGUGGUGCUCCGCUGUCCAGCUCGCCGCGCGGGCCAUCAGCCACUCCGCCGCUCCCCGCGACGGCAAGUGCCGUGGCAAGUCGGGGGCGGUUGCGCUCGGUCGCCGCCCCGCCGUUCCAGCCGUCUGCCCAGCUGCCCGGACCCCGCGGCGUUCAAGAGCUGCGGCAGUACGGGCGGCUGCGCUCGGUCGCCGCUCCGCCGCUCCAGCCGUCUGCGCGGCUGCCCGGAAGCCGCGGCGCACAGGAGCCGCGGCGCGACGAUAACGCCCGCGGCAGGACGGGAGCGGCGGCGCUCAUACGGCCAUCAGGCCGGGCUAUCCGCCAGCCGUCCCGUCCAGCCCCCGGCAGUACGGCGGGCGGCGGAGCUCGGCCCGUCUCACCACGCGCCGGUCAGCAGCCUGCGGCCGCCCCACUGGAAACCGCGGCGCCAAUGGCCGCGGCGGUACAGUGUGUGACGGCGGCCGGGCCGGUCGACCUGACGGCCCCGCCGGCUCUGCACGGGCUGGGAUACAGCCGAACCACCUGUCGACAGCCGCCCGAUCCAGCCAACUAG